UAUCUUCGCCUAAAUGUUCUUUUUCAGCACGUCGCCGAGAAGGCUGCUGAGCGAUUUGAGGCACAGACGAUCGAACUUUCCAAUAAGGUUGAGGACCUAAAUAGACACGUGAAUGACCUCGCCCAGCAGCGUCAACGCCUUCAGGCAGAGAACAACGAUCUCCUCAAGGAGGUCCACGAUCAGAAGGUACAACUCGACAACCUGCAGCAUGUCAAGUACACUCUUGCUCAACAGCUUGAGGAGGCCAGACGCCGUUUGGAGGAUGCCGAGCGGGAACGCUCGCAGCUUCAAUCUCAGUUGCAUCAAGUGCAGCUCGAGCUCGACUCGGUCCGCCAGGCUCUGGAUGAAGAGUCGGUGGCUCGUUCCGAUGCUGAGCAUAAGCUGAACUUGGCCAAUACCGAAAUCACUCAGUGGAAGAGCAAAUUCGAUGCGGAGGUUGCUCUCCACCACGAGGAAGUCGAAGAUCUGCGCAAGAAGAUGCUGCAGAAACAGGCCGAAUACGAGGAGCAGAUCGAGAUCAUGCUCCAGAAGAUCAGUCAGCUUGAGAAGGCCAAGAGUCGUCUGCAGUCCGAAGUUGAGGUGCUGAUCGUGGACCUCGAAAAGGCGCAGAACACCAUCGCCAUCCUCGAGAGAGCCAAGGAACAGCUCGAGAAACAAUGCGCCGAAUUGAAGGUCCGCAUCGACGAAUUGACCGUGGAGCUCGAGGCUGUACAACGCGAACUUCGCGCAGCCAACGCCGAAUUGCAGAAGAUGAAGCAUCUCUACGAGAAGGCUGUCGAACAGAAGGAAGCUCUCGCCAGAGAGAACAAGAAGCUCCACGACGAGCUCCACGAGGCUAAGGAGGCUCUUGCCGAUGCCAACCGCAAACUGCACGAGCUGGAUCUGGAAAAUGCCCGUCUCGCUGGCGAAAUUCGCGAACUUCAGACUGCCCUCAAGGGGCGUACCAAGAGGAAGCCGAUGCUCAACGCCGCGAUGCCGAGAACCGUGCUCAGCGUGCCCUUGCCGAACUUCAAGCACUUGCGCAUCGAAAUGGAGCGCAGACUUCAAGAGAAGGAGGAAGAAAUGGAAGCUCUUCGCAAGAACAUGCAAUUCGAGAUCGACCGCUUGACCGCCGCUUUGGCUGAUGCUGAAGCCCGCAUGAAGGCGGAGAUCUCCCGACUGAAGAAGAAGUACCAAGCCGAGAUUGCCGAACUCGAGAUGACUGUCGACAAUUUGAACCGUGCCAAUAUCGAAGCCCAAAAGACGAUCAAGAAGCAAUCCGAACAGCUCAAGAUCCUCCAGGCCUCACUCGAAGACACUCAACGCCAACUCCAACAAGUCCUCGACCAGUACGCUUUGGCUCAACGAAAGGUCGCUGCCCUUUCGGCUGAACUCGAAGAGGCCAAGACCGCUCUUGACAACGCUAUUCGCGCUCGUAAGCAGGCCGAGAUCGAUCUCGAAGAGGCUAAUGGACGUAUUGCCGAUCUGUCCGCCAUCAACAACAACCUCACCUCGAUCAAGAACAAGCUCGAAACUGAACUCUCCACUGCCCAGGCCGAUCUCGAUGAGGUCACCAAGGAAUUGCACGCUGCUGAUGAGCGCGCUAACCGCGCGCUAGCCGACGCUGCUCGCGCUGUUGAACAAUUGCACGAGGAACAGGAGCAUUCCAUGAAGAUCGACGCUCUCCGCAAGUCUCUCGAGGAACAGGUGAAGCAACUCCAAGUCCAGAUCCAGGAAGCCGAAGCGGCCGCCCUCCUGGGUGGAAAGCGUGUCAUUGCCAAGCUCGAAACCCGUAUUCGAGACCUUGAGACAGCUCUCGAUGAAGAAACCCGCAGACACAAGGAGACCCAGAAUGCCCUUCGCAAGAAGGACCGUCGCAUCAAGGAGAUCCAGCAGUUGGUGGACGAAGAGCACAAGAACUUCGUUAUGGCUCAAGAUACCGCCGACCGUCUGCAGGAGAAGUUGAACAUCCAGAAGAGGCAACUCGCCGAGGCCGAGUCUGUAACGAUGGCCAACCUGCAGAGAGUGAGACGAUACCAGCACGAGCUCGAAGAUGCCGAGGGCCGCGCCGAUCAGGCCGAAUCCAGCCUGCACUUGAUCCGCGCCAAGCACCGCUCAUCUGUUGUUACCGGAAAAGCCGGAGCUAGCAAGGUUUACGUGAUGGAGGACGACUUCUAA